AUGGCCGCAUCUACUAACAUUGAUCUGUCUGGGCCAUCUUUCUGCGUCGUGUCCGGCGCAUCUCAGGGCAUAGGUAGGGCUCUAGCAGUCGAAAUAUCGAAAUGCCUGAAACCAAAGUCUGUCAUGUUGCUACUGGCUCGCAAUAAACAGCAACUCGCUACUACAGCCAGUCUCUGUGAAAAUGAUGGAGUGAAAGUACUCAUUAAUUCUAUAGAUCUGUCGAUAGCUACAGAGAAAGAAAUGACUAACGUUAUCAUGCAAGCUCUGGGUGGACAGAAGGUUACCGAUUUUGCCAACUGCAUAAUAUUCCAUAACGUCGGCUCACUCGGUAACUUGGCUGUGGAGACAACUCGUAUGGAAAAUAUCGAGGAACUGAGAGGUUACUAUGAUUUGAAUGUGUUCAAAGUGAUAUCACUCAACACACAGUUCCUUAAAAUAUUUGAAGAGGUUGAGGAUAGGGUGAUCAUAGUCAACAUUACUUCACUGUGCGCCAUCAAGCCAAUGGGUGGCAUGGCUUACUACUGCAGUGGGAAGGCUGCACGAGAAAUGUACUUCCGAGUACUCGCUGAAGAGAAACGUCACAUGAGGGUGCUCAACUACUCCCCAGGCCCUGUCGAGACUGCCAUGAUAGAUUAUGUUCUCCAAGAAGCUGUUAAUGAAAACCUCAGGGAUGUUUUCACAUCGUUCAAGAAUCAAGGAACAUUGCUGACACCCGAAAUAACAGCUAAAAAAUGUAUCAAAGUUCUACUGGCUGGAAAAUUCAGUCCCGGGGAGCAUGUUGACUAUUUCGAUGACGAAUAA